UAACACCUAACAGCCCACCAUACGAAAACUCUUAUCUAUAGACACUCGCAAUCAAACGCUCAUAACAUAACGGCAAAUCAACAUAUUCUCUUCGUCCAUUUUCAACAUGUUUCUCCUCCGAGACGCAAUUUUCCUAAUCGAACUGGCAUUUUACUGUCCUCUCAUCCCGGCCGCCAUCUUCAUUCUCCUAGCCCACGGCUUCAAAAAGCCCUACACAUGGCGUCCCAUCAUCCUACCUCUUUUCAUACUCUCCGGGUUGCGAAUCGCCGGCGCCGCAUUAGGCCUGGCAUCUAUGAGCCCGGGAAAAUCUAAUCUUCUCACCACGGCGACAUUGCUAGAUACGAUCGGGUUGGCCCCGGUUAUGUGUUUGCUUGUGGGACUUUUGGUUCGAGCAAAUGCUCCUCUAUACAAAGGCUUCCCCUUUUGGGCUUUCCUCCCCCUCCAACUAACCGUGAUAGUUGCAACAGUCUUGACAGCAUACGGCGGCCGCGAUCUCUACACGUCCGCGCAGAACCAGUCGCGGGACAUCAUCCUCAUGCGUGCGGGCACCUUCAUUUUCAUCAGCAUCUUCACCGUCAUGGUUGUGCUAGCCGUGCUCACACUUCUAAACGUCUCGAGGCAAUGUUGUCAUCAAACCGAACGCGCAGCAACCAUCUGCACGCUUCUCUGCGUGCCGUUUAUGACUAUCCGGUUGGCAUUUUCAGUAGGGUCACUCUUCACGAUGUCUGAUGGGAAUAAGUCCGUGUUGAAUCCCAUGUCUGAGGAGAAUACGGAUAUCUGGGUGCAUUUCUUCAUGGUGAUCGUUGUGGAGUAUGUGGUUGCACUGUCGGCCACGGGGGUGGCGUUGACGGCGAAAAACAGGAUUAUGUUAGAGUCAGGGAAGGAUGAUUUGUUGUCUGAUGAGGAAGAUGAGGGUCAUCGAGCUUAAACGUUCUAGAAAGUAUAUAGAGAUUUUUCCUUCACUGCCAUGUCUUUCAGUGUUGGUUCUUUUUGUUCCUCAUUUGUUCUGGUCUUAGAUUCGUUGGAAAUGCUGUUAAACGUGUUUGCGUUAUUCUAUAU